CCUCAGUUAAACAUGGAGAAUCAAACCACCGUGUCUUACUUUCUGCUCCUGGAAUUCUCAGAAAAUCAGCAUCUGCAGCUUCUACAUUUCUUCUUCUUCUUGAUAUUAUACUUGGCAACUGCAACAGCAAAUCUUCUCAUCAUCUCUGUAGUAGCUUUUGACCAUCAACUGCACAGCCCCAUGUACUUCUUUCUAAUGAAUUUGGCACUGCAGGACCUGGGCAUUGUUUCAGUCAUUCUCCCCAAAUCCAUGGUGAAUUCCCUCAUGGGCACCAGACACAUCUUUUACUUCGGUUGUGUUGCUCAAGUCCUUCUCUUUAUUUCUUUUGAAGCAUCAGAUAUCUCCCUCCUGACAGUCAUGGCCUAUGAUCGGUAUGUUGCAAUUUGCAAUCCACUACACUAUGAGAUGGUGAUGAAUUGGAAAGCCUGCACCAAAAUAAUGAUUCUGGUGUGGGUCACAAGUCUUCUCUAUGGAAUGUUGCAUACCAGUGGUAUCUUUUCCAUCCCUUUCUGUUCUAAUGUUAUCAACCAGUUUUUCUGUGAAAUUCCAGAGUUGCUAAAGCUAUCCUGCUCUGGCUUCAGUCUGGUUGAAGUUGGAGUUCUUGUGGCCAGUGCCAUUGCAGGACUAGGUUGUUUUACUUUUAUUAUUGUAUCUUAUGCCAUGAUCUUCAAGGCAGUGCUAAGAAUCCCUUCUGAACAAGGAAGGCAAAAAGCCUUAUCAACCUGUAUUCCCCACCUUAUAGUAGUGUCUCUGGUUUUAUUAACUGGAUUCUUUGCCUACCUGAGACCUCCCUCUAACACCCCAUCUUACUUAGAUUUUGGGUUGACUGUUAUGUAUUCCAUUCUUCCACCCCUUUUCAAUCCAAUCAUCUAUAGCAUGAGAAAUAAGAAGAUCAAACUUUUCCUGUUUAAACUGUGGAGAUUCUGA